AUGAGUUGUAAACGUGAUUACGAGAGUGGCGUUUCCAAGAGAAAGAAACAGAAAGAAGAACAGUUAAAAAAAACUAAUAAAAGUGUUGAAAGUUACUUUAUGUCAUCAAAAAAAGUCAAUGAAAAGACGUUAGCAGAUGAAGCAGAAAGAGAAGACGAAGUACAACCCGAACCCAGCAGCAGUAAGUUGGAUUGCCAAAUUAUAAAUAUUCAGGAUGAAGAUGAAGUUAUGUUGGAACUGGAAACUGGUAAUAUUGAAGAUAAAAGUAAAGAAGACAGAAAAAUAGGUCCCAGUGCUGGAAAGCUCCUUGAAAACAUCAACAAAGCAAGGUUUUUUUCACUUAUUGUUGAUACAACACAAGAUCUUGGCAAGAAAAACCAGUUGAGCUUUGUGAUUCGUUAUACGAAUUUCUUUGAAGAGUUGAGGCAAGACGAAGAUGGUAAUUUUGAAGAAUAUAAGAAAUUAAGUAUUGAGGAAUCAUUUCUUGGUUUCUUCCAUGUAAAAGACGCAACUGCACUUGGACUUUCCACCCAAGUUGUUGACUGUUUACAAAACCUGGGCUUGGAUAUACACAACAUUAAGAGGUGGGACAUUUUGUCGUCAUUAACGGGUGAAUCUGAAGUGACAUUGAAGAAGUUGAAUCCAACUAGGUGGGCAUCAAGACAUGAUUCGAUUUUAGCAGUUAAUGUAAGGUAUUUGGACAUUAUGAAAGCUCUUACGAAGAUUAUACUUGAGAGUAACAAGCAAGAAGAAGUUUCUGAAGCUAAAGCACUUGCAAAAUCCCUUGAUAACUUUCAGUUUGUAAUGCUGACAGUAGUGUUGUCCAAGAUUUUUACACAGCUAAACAUCACGUCUAAGUUUCUUCAAGGCAAGGAAACAGACUUAGAAAAAGCUGCCAGAGUACUUGAAAGAAGUCAAACUGAGCUCAAGAAAAUGAGGGAAGAUUACGAGGCCUACAAAGACGAAGCCACACUUAGAGCACGUAAAUGGAACGUACAACCAAUGUUUUCUCAAAGCAGGCAGCGCAAAGUAAAACGACACUUUGAUGAACUAGCAGAAGAUUUCAGGUUUUCAAGUGGUGAAGAGGCCUUCAGAGUGCAAGUGUUUUACGCUGUUUUGGACAUAGUCAAUCGUCAAAUUGAGGACCGCUUUUCUUCUGUUCGAGAUGUUGUCCAGCUGUUUUCUGUUUUAUUUCCAACAGUUCUGGUCAAGCUAACUGAAAAAGAAAUCUUUGAAAAAGCUGGAGAAUUGCAAAGACUGUACGAAAAAGACAUAGGGCCAUCGCUACCUCUUGAACUUAUAUCCCUUCAAAGUGGAUUUAAAUGUGAGCUAUCAAAACUGAAAACGGUUUAUGACUUAGCUUCACUUUUAAUGAUUGAGUUUGACACAUUAGCUACAAGUUUUCCAGAAGUACAGACUGCUCUAAUGUUAUUUUUGACUUUGCCGGUAACAGUGGCAUCUGCAGAAAGGUCGUUCUCAGUGCUAAAAAGAAUUAAUGUUAUCUCCGAACAUCAAUGA